GUUAGAGCUCUCACUGUCUUCAGUCGAUGGGCAGGCAAGGGCGAAACGUGAAAGCGACAACCGAAAACAGCGACAAAGAAAGAAAUCUACCUCAUUUAACCGCCCUCGAUCUCUCAAAAUAAUACAUAUUUGUGUCCCAGCGACCAUCCGUCUUCUCACGAGAUCCAACCCACCGUCUGCCCACUUGAUCUCUUCACUUAGCAAUCUAGACCUGUCGAAAAUGGCAGGCGGAGACGGCGGAGAAGGCCGCUCCCGACGCGACUCCAACGAGUUUGACGGCGCCAGCAAGCGCAAACGCCCAGCUUCGCCGUCCAGGAAUAACGACGAGCUGCCGGUGCCCUACGAUGCCAAAUCCCUAGAGCCAGCCAAAAAGCGACACCGGUCCAACUCGCCUGCCGGCGAUGCAUCGGCUGCGCGCAAGCCGAAGCGACCGGGCCAGCGCGCUCGCAUCACCGAUGCCGAGCGCGAGGCGAUCCGCCAGCGCGCCCUCGACCGAGAGCGCGCCGCCCAGGAACAGGCCGCCGCCGAGGAGCAGCGCAAUCGCAUCAACGACGUCGUCCGCUCGCACUACAAUGCCGUCCCCGAGCGCGGCCGGGAGUGGCGUAAGACCGACAGCCGCAUCAAGGGCCUCCGCUCCUUCAACAAUUGGAUCAAGAGCUGCAUCAUCCAGAAGUUCUCCCCCGACGAGGACUUCCAGCCCGGCGGUGGCGGCGGCAACAGCCUGCUAGUCCUCGACAUCGGCUGCGGAAAGGGCGGCGACCUGGGGAAGUGGCAGCAGGCCCCGCAGCCCGUCGAGCUGUACGUGGGACUGGACCCUGCCGACGUCAGUAUUGAGCAGGCCAGGGACCGGUAUCACGAAAUGUCCAGCCGGGGAGGCCGGGGAGGUAGAGGCGGACGCGGUGGACAUAGGAGGCCAUCUCCGCGAAUCUUUGACGCUCGGUUCCACGUCAAGGACUGUUUUGGCGAGAGCAUCGGCGACAUCGAGGUCGUACGCCAGGUCGGCUACGAUGCAUCGGGCCACAACCGCGAGCGGGGCUUUGACAUCGUCAGCAUGAUGUUCUGCAUGCACUACGCGUUUGAGAACGAGCAAAAGGCUCGCAACAUGUUGAAGAACGUAGCGAGCUCGCUGAAGAAGGGCGGCCGCUUCCUCGGCUGCAUUCCCAACUCAGACGUCAUCACCAAGAAAGUGUGCGAGCACAACGAGCGCCUCAAGAAAAAGGCCGAUGCCAAGGCCUCUGGCGAGGAAGAUUCGGCCAAAGCCGCCGCCGAGGCCGACGAGGCCGAGGAUGGUGAGCUCGAGGAGGGCGAGCCGGCCGGGUUCGCCGAGUGGGGCAACGACAUCUACCGGGUUAGGUUCCCCGGGAAGACGCCCGAGGACGGCAUCUUCCGACCGCCCUUUGGGUGGAAAUACAACUUCUUCCUGCACGAGGCCGUCGAGGAGGUGCCCGAGUACGUGGUUCCCUGGGAGGCGUUCCGUGCCCUAGCCGAGGACUACAACCUAGAGCUGCAGUAUCACAAGUGUUUCCGGGACAUAUGGGAGGCCGAGAAGGACGAUCGCACCCUGGGGCCGCUCAGCGAGCGGAUGGGAGUGAGGAGCAGGCAAAACGGCGAGCUGCUUGUCACCGAGGAGGAGUUGGAGGCUGCCAACUUCUACGUCGGUUUCUGCUUCUACAAGGUCUAGCUUUGCGGGGCCCACACGGAGGACGAAGGCCUUACUGUGAUUGUUUCUUGAUUCCCUUCACACGCGCACCGUCGUCUGUAGAAUCGGCCCACCCGCGUUGGGAUGGGAGGCCUCGACAAGAGGUGUUUCUUCGCCUCCAGGCUCAGACUUGAUUGAAAUCUAUUCCUAUUCAACUGCCGGCCGUGCCGAUAUGUGGCCUGGUCCCGCGCACUUGGACACCCGAGCACCCGCCAGGGAUCCCCUGACGUCGGGUCGUCGGGAGCCCCUCCCUCGCCUCGGGCAAUAAGGAGGAGCGCUCACCUGACUUGCAGUUCACCGACACGGAGGCGUCUGUGGAUCGUGUGUCUUCAUGCGGGGGAAAGCUCAGGCCAUCCCAUUCCCAUCAUGACGAGGGUCAAGUGAUAUGCUCUGUUUUGGCAAACAUGGGCGAGGACGUAUAAGCAGACUCGAGAUAUGCGC